AUGGAUUUCCACCUACGAUGCAAUUCCCUCAAAUGCCGUGCACGGUUGAAAGAGAGAGCAGUGGUGACAACCUGCUCACACAUAUUUUGUGUAGGAUGUGCAGAUGGCCUCGGACUUUCACACCCUACCGCCGAUGACCGUCGUUGCCCUGCCUGUUCAACAGUUCUAUCCAACCCCGAUGAUGCUGUUUCUACGAUUUUAAACCCAACGGAAGACUACAAGACGAGUGUGCUGAGUGGUUUGGACCCCAAUACUGUCAUGGAGUGCGCUGGCCGUGCUUUAGGUUUUUGGGCAUAUCAAAGCACACAAGAGAUAUUUUAUCAAGAAUUCUUGGGCAAGAGUCUCACCGAAAAGUAUACAAGCCUCAAUAUGCAGAUGGAUCGGAUUGUCCUCAACGCCAACUCAGAAAUCUCAAGUCUUCACAGCAAGCUUUCAGAUCUACAAGCAGCCCAGGAACAACUGCAAAAGAAAAACCAAGAGCUUGUCGAUCUCUACCGUGAAAAGUCCACGAAAUUGACACAGAUGACGAAUCUCUACAAUCUUCUCAAAGCACGCGCCAUGCGAUCCCGUAUGGAGACUGCAGCUUCGGAAACAGUGUCGCAUACUUUAAACACAGUAUCGCGAAAUCUACCUGUCGGAUCGCUUGCCCCGUCUGGGCCAUCUCAAAUACCUACUCGCUCCGCGCCAUUCCCUCCAAAGACACCUUCAUUUCCUAUGAGUCCCGGCGGAAUUGAGCAACUGCAUCGAUAUCAGCGAAGUGGUACUGGGAGCUCCAGACGGGUUGACACGAAGAUCUCAAAACCUACGGGAAUGCUUCCUCCAGGUCGACCUACCUUGAACUUACAGAAUCCUCAUAUCAGAAACACUAAUCCGCAGCAUCGCACCCGGCUUCCACAGAGCAGUCGGCCUCUGACGGCCUUGUCCCAACUCCCACCCGACGAUGUUAUUAUGGCCAGAUUUAGGAACUAG